GAUCGAAACUGAUAAAUUAUUGACUGAAGCUGAGGAAAGUGAAGUAAAAGCUUUCAAGCAAUACUCUAUGAAAUUUCAGAAAUGUUUAACUCCUGGUUUAACUAGACCUGAUUUAGAUUCAGAAUUCAAAAUAUA